UUCUUGGAUUUUUCUCUUUGUAGAUUCAUUGUGGACAAAAUAUUUGGAUUACUACGCAAGAUUACACCAAUGCAAAAGCUGCAUCGUCAUCAGAGUCUAUGUUUGUAAAAAAUAUAGCGAUGAAUAUAUUUACUAGAGAAGUACUCAAAAAUAGUACUAUAACGGGCAAUAGUAGUAAUCGGACCAAAGGACCUGCAAAGCCGAAACUGGAUCCGGCCAAAAUGCUUGUCGUAAGAGAUAUUUAUAGAUAUUAUUUAGCGGAGCACAGGAAACUGCCAGAAAAAGUAAUUAAUGUCAAAGUCGAUGAAUACGUGGAAUAUAUCCGGCAAAAAAUUGCGGACUUAAUUAGACCUCCGAAGAAGACGCCAUCAGAAGCAGCUGAAGCAACAAAAGAUGAUAAAAAAAUUUUAAAAAAGCUGCCGAAAGCUCGAAAGGGUAAACAAGAUAUUUCGAGCUCCAGUGAAAGUAGCGACCCCAGUGAGGACAGUGAAGCUUCAGACAGUGAAGAUAGUACCAAUUAAGUCAUAGCAUUAACGUACUUUUUUUGAUAUUUAAUCAGAUAACUUUUGUCUAUUUUCAAACUUCUUCAUUUUUAGUUAAUAAAAUUAAGUAAUAUAUAAUACAGUACAAAAAUACUAUA